GCAGUACCCGCAGUACCUUGGACCUGGAUGCCAUUGGGUGCCAUCACCAUUCACCAGUGUGCUCAGCUUUGUUAAAAUAAUUCUUCCCAGAGCAAAGCAGCUGAAUAACAGUAAUUUGUUUGUGAGGAUAAAUCCGUAUGUUUGAUGCAGCUAGUAAAUAGGUCAAUAAUGGAUGUUUUAAAAGCGGAGAUUGAACGGAAAAGAAAAUUGUUGGCUGAUAAAAAAAUAUUGGACCCAAGUAAGAAAUUUUUUAAACGAGCAGAUUUGGUAGCAAGAGAAAAAGAAGAAUAUCAAGAAAAGUAUGGUUUAAAUAGCAGCAAUGGGAAACAAGACUUAAAACAUUCUCAAAGUAAAGAUUGUGGAGAAGAAACUGUAGCUACAGAUAGUUCAGAUCAUGCUACUUUGCCAAGGCGGGAGGUGAUCAGGAGACUUCGUGAGAGAGGAGAACCUGUUUUCCUUUUUGGGGAAUCGGAAGUUGAUGCCUUUAGAAGAUUGCGACGCAGUGAAAUUUUAGAACCUGAAGUAAACAAAGGCUUAAGAAAUGAUUUUCAAGAAGCAUUGGAAAAAGUUGAUCAAGCAUUCCUUGAUGAAAUUCUAGCUUCUCAAGUACAAGAUGCAGAAGGUCACAGUUCUACAGAUGUAAAAGUACAAGAUGAUGGAAUUACUUAUGAUGAAAUUCAGAAGAUGGCUGUCAAUUUGGGAAAAGGUGACAGAGAUCUUGAUAUGAAUGUCAUCACUCUCUUCAUUCAGUUUCUUCUUAAGAUGUGGGGCAACCAGCUUAAUAGUCGCUCUGCCGCUGAAAAAAUGACGGUCAAAGGAAAACUGGCAUGUGCAACUUAUACACAGACGCAGGUUUAUUUGAAACCUUUAGUCCGGAAAUUGAAAACAAAAUCUGUACCUGAAGAUAUUGCAGAGUCCCUUACAGAAAUUACAAGUUUUAUGUUGAACCGAGAUUACAUAAAGGCUAGUGACGCAUAUCUACAAAUGGCCAUUGGCAAUGCUCCUUGGCCCAUUGGUGUCACUAUGGUUGGUAUUCACGCGCGAACAGGGCGAGAAAAAAUUUUUUCAAAGAAUGUCGCUCAUGUAAUGAAUGAUGAAACUCAAAGAAAAUAUCUUCAAGGUUUAAAAAGACUAAUGACUAAAUGUCAGCAGUACUUUCCUACAGAUCCAUCGAAGUGUGUUGAGUACACUAAACUAGAGCAUUUAUCAUAAAACAAUUUUAUGUACUUUGUAAAUAAAAAUAUUGUGUGUUUUUUGUGUGGUUUCCUUGGUUCCUGUGAGAUACCAUAACCCCCUAAGACAUUUAAUAAAGGGAAAUAUGCAUAAAAUGUAUGAUUGUAAUAGUGAGAUGUAUUUAAAAUAGUAUUGACCAAGGAAUACAUGUUUGAAAAAUAUAUCCUCACCAGAUUUCUCUU